CGCUUUGACAUGGUGGCAACGUUUCCUCACGGAAGCGUCAUGCCGCAUUGUCCUGGCGAACGACAUGUUGAAGGCACUCUAUUUGCAACUGAUUGGAGGAGCGCAGGCAGGGAUGAACCACCUGGCGGCCACCCACAAGUGCACCAUCGCCGAACUCCACACGCACAUCACGUGGAAGGAGUUCGAGCAGCUAUGGUUCACCCGGUUCAUGGUCCGCAACGUCGUGAAGGCGGCCAUGAAUGAGGUGUACACAUGCUCUCAGGGGAACAUGCCAACUGGAGACUGGACAGCGAAGUGGCAAAAGAUAGUGACCACACCAGGCUUCGACUUGACGUUUCCAAAUCAACGAUCCGAGUUCUUCUCGCGAUCAUGCGCGGGAUUGCGGUCGGCACUCGGUAAUGAGUACGACUCUACCACAUUCCAGGCCAUUCUGGAUCGAGCGAACUUGGUCAUCCAAACGGACGACAAGGCCGCUAACGAGAGACAAUCCCAGACGCAUUAUGUGGCUAAGCAAGCCUAUCAACGUCCGACACAUAACAAUGCCGUGAUUUCUGAGGAAACCGACGACCACCACGCUGCAGCAGCAUCCUCGGGUGAUGGAGGAAUUGUCGCAGCGCUCCCGCCGAAGCGUCCCAAGAGAGUUCGUAAGAACAAGGCGACACAAGAGACGGCAGCGACGGGAGCUGGGCAGAAGCCAUGGACGACAUAUAAGAUCACCAAGGAGGUUUAUGACCUGCGUCAGAAGUACGGAUACUGCCUUUGGUGCAACGGAGUCACUCCUGUGACCGCACAAUGCCCCGAAAAGGGCAAGGCACGCGUGUAUGACAUUCUAUUCAAGCUUACAGAAGAACGAGAAAGUAAAGUGCGGGAGGCAGCAAAUAGCCUAUUGAUGCUUCUUCCGACACACCCAGGAAUGCUGGCCGAUUUUCAGGCGUUGACCGAUGUGAAUACGAUGGAGGAAGCAAAGGUCAUCCUAGACACGCUCUUUGGAGCACGCUCUCGGCUUCUCUACACUCUGCAGGUUCUAGAUGGCAUCUUGAUGCCUGUCAAUCGGCCAGUAACUGAAAAGACGCACAGGUUCCGGAACUACUUCAUGAAUUUUGGCGGAUUCCCGUAUGUACUCGCUGUUUUUCAACACAAGGCUUUACCAAAAUCAGUGGAUGACCAGACACGGAGAGGUUGCUAUGCCAGUGCUCUCCGGCUCCUGAAGUUUCUUAUACGCAAGUUUAUGCCAUUUAGUGAAACAAGCAAACACCAAGAUAUUGGAGCUGUCCCAGGGAUAGGAGGCACUGGGGGCAAAUGUUUGAUAAGGGCGGAUGGGACUGUUGUGGUUGAACGGAGCAAAGAGGUGGCCAACGAAGAGGUUACCUCCAUAACUGAGAACAGCAAUGGUGCCAUUGAAACUGAUGUGCGUGUGGUUGCAGAGAAAACUGACAAGGUGGAUGAUCCCGACAGGGAUGGUGCAAACGAGGAGCAUUGCAAAACAGGAAUGACAGUUGAGGAGGACGGCGCCUCUGUGAUGAGCCAGGACUCGCUCAUGGAGCAGGUGGUUGCCUGUCUCACUCGCCUAACAUGGGCUACUGCCCUUGGGCAAAUUUCUGCAAUGGGAGUUGAUGGACCCGUAUCUGCUGUUAUCCAGAAGCCUUGCCAACAAAUGAAGGGGGAUUCAACAGGAGGCCAACCGAUGGAGGGAAGUGAAGACAUCAAUCACGAGGAUGCCUAUCUCUGCUACGAGGCAAUGGAUCUGCUGGUUGUUUGCCUUGGCAUGAAAAAGUCAUUAAUGACAACCUUCUUUUCAUCAGAUCUUGUUCAGCAGUUCAUCGUGGAUAUGGUUCUUCAUUCACCUGAUGAAGGCAUCAGAUAUAAGGCAGCUGAGAAUUUUCUACAACUCAGCUCAGUGCCAGUUUCUUCCAGUGAGAAAGUUCCACUGGCACAUAAAUAUGUGCUCGCUGCGCUGCUAGGAGCAAAAGAAGAGGCAAACAAGCAGCCACGCCAAUGCAUCCAUUACUGGGAAUUGCUUUGCAGGCUUCUGUGUGGAAUACAUGGGCAAGAGGAGAAAGAAAUGGCCGAAAAACAGAUGAUGGAUGAAAUCAAGUGGUUGCAGUCUGCACCGACAGUCAUUGACGAAAAGAACAAGCUUCUUGAAGGUCAUCUCCUUCUCAUUAGAACCCUUGUUGAGGUUCUCGAUUGUCGUAUCAUUGGAUCUAGUCGAUGCCCGGGAGGCAGGGGCCUGGUUGAACAGUUGCUGAAACAGUUCUUGUUCCCUGAAGCAGUCGUGCUCAUGGCAACACGAGGGGAGGGGGGUGCCCUCGACCUCACAGGCCUCGGGUCGGGGAUUGUCCCCGGGAACAUACAUUUUGGUCAACUGGGGUCCAACUUGGAAGAGAAUGGUUUUUUGCAUGCGAAGUGUGGCACCAGAAGUAGCAGAAUGAGUGCAUUCGAGCUUCUUGUUUGCUUAGGGACUCACUGUCUCGACAAUAUGAGGGAGAUUGUUGACCUGCUGUUGCGGAUGCACUUCACAUCAGAAAUACCAGAAUGGGAACACUUGCCAUCCUACGGAAGGAAAUCUGUUGGCGGUUAUGUGGGGUUAAAAAAUGCGGGAGCCACAUGCUACAUGAACUCUGUGUUUCAGCAGCUGUACAUGCAACCAGAUGUGAGGCGUAGCAUUCUUGCUUGUGAGGAAUGUUCGGAAUCAGAGAGGCCAGAGUCUGUUUUUUUCCAGCUACAGGCAAUGUUUGGCGCCCUUUUGGGUAGCAGUCUUGACCAUUACACCCCACAGGGCUUCUGGCUAGCAUACAGAGACUAUGAUGGGCUGCCUAUCAAUUUGCGGGAGCAUCAAGAUGCGUUCGAGUUUUUUAAUCGAUUAUACGACCAAGUAGAUGAGACAUUAAAAGCAACCAGACACGAGCCAACACUGACCAAGAUAUUUGGUGGGACCUUUGCCCAGCAGGUCAUUUGCAGAGGUUGCCCUCAUAGGAGUGAAAGGGAGGAGCCUUUUGCAGCCAUCAGUGUUGAUGUGAAGAAUAAGCGGAACCUACUCGAAUCCCUGGAAUCAUUUGUCCGUGGUGACUUGCUCGAGGCAGACAAUGCUUACUAUUGUGAGGAGUGUGGGGUGAAAGUGGAUGCACUGAAGCGUGUGUGUGUGAAGAACCUUCCACAUGCUCUAGUAAUUCACUUGAAACGGUUUGACUUUGACUACGAGAGCAUGCAAAGACUGAAGCUAAAAGAUCGCUUUGAAUUCCCAACUUUUCUUGACAUGAAGCCAUAUACUGUGGAGGGGCUCACACUGAAGGAGAUGCAGGCAGAACGUGCAGCGAGGUUACGAAGUGGGGAUGCAGCUUGCGUUUCAGUGGAUGGAAGCGUGGACUCUUUACGGGAGAGUCAGCUCAUGGGGGAUGUAGAUACUGUGGUGGACACCGGGUCUGACCAGGUUCUUAUUCUGGAGCGCCCCAGCUGGUAUUACAUGUAUGAGUUAAUGGGUGUUGUGGUUCACUCUGGAACUGCCUUUGCAGGCCAUUACUACUCAUACAUCAAGGAAAGAGAUGGUGAUGGACCUUUGAAUUGCCCGGACCACCCUGGUGGCAGGUGGAUGGCAUUUGAUGACAAAAGAGUGGAACCUUAUGACAUCAGCGACCUCGAAAAAGAUUGCUUUGGAGGAAAGUACACUGUGGAAGUCUAUGAUAACUUCCUGAAGACAACAUCACCACAGGAAUUUGAUAGGCCAAACAGCGCAUAUAUGCUGCUGUAUGAGAGGAGGCCUCAAUCUUCGGAGGUAAUACAGCCUGGAUCUGCUGCUCCCCACUCAGCUGUGUGUGACAAAUUUUUGUCUUUUGAAGUCUUUGUGGUGCACCAGCAUGGUGCACGAUGUGGUGUGGUGCCCGAUGCGCCAUGAGCCCAUUCUGGAUGCCCGCACACCAGGAAAAGUGAUUGGACAUCAAUGGUAUUGGAAAGAAGCCAAAACAAAACCUAUCCAAAUACAAAAAAUGAAAGGUAACUUGUCACUGUAAAACUAUAAGGAAUCAUGCCAAUAAGAUUACAAAACAACAAAAAAGUAAAAGUUACAAAGAUGAAAGGAAAAAAUCGUUGUUUAACUGCUGGUACACCACUUAUUUGUUCAUUGACUAAGUUUAGAACGAAUUCAUAAAUCAUUUCAACAAAAGAUUGCCAAGCAUUGGGUACCAAAUGACCUCCAUUCAUGGUGACAAAAUGAAAUAAAGCCAAAAGU